CUGUCUCUUUCUGUCGCUCAUCCACGUUGCACUCAUUCGUACUCUGUCGACCGUGGUCGUAGUCUUAAUCCAUCCUUUCGUUUAUAUUCGUUUCUAUCUUUCUCGCUUUCUAUUCUUUCUUCUCUGUCCGGUCAGCUUGCCUCCUUCUUUCUCAUUGUCAGUUUCUCGUUUUCUUUCUCGCUCUGUUCUUCGAUGCAAAGCAGAAGAAACCCCCGCGGUUGUUCGUUCGUUCUCAAAAGUCUUACUCUCGUUGUCACACGCUAAAAAUACUCCCGCACAGUCUUCCGAGGGUGUACCAUGCCAAAGGAAUACGGGAAUUAGGACGACAAAAGCAGUCAACGUCGACCUGGAACUGUCAUGGAACGACUUUCGAGAGUGGCAUGUUAUUUUCGAUGGAUGAGGAACACGCUACCUCAUGAUGCAAGUAAAGCAGAGGACGAGCGCAAAACUGUCGAGAAUGAACGGCAUCGGAAUGUCGGGUGCAGUUUCGAAGCCUCAAGGCGACUUUGUGGCAUUCUGGAGAGUAUCCUUCUUUGGGAGAAUUCUGUGAACAGUAUCUCCGUCGUCAUUGUAUUCAAUAUAUUGUUCUGGGGUAUUGUUAUACUAGAGAUUCGAGGCUUUGCUGCAGCCAGCAGUGCUGCACUAGUCAUUGUACUCUGCUAUAAUACCUUGGAAGCUCAAGUUCACAAUGAAAAUAAAGCAUUGGACACAGCUGCUUCCUACGCAAAAGCAGAACAGAUUGAAAAAAUAGGGAAAAGAAUAAAAUCUGUAAUUCAUAGCUUGAAGCAGUUAAGGAAAGAACAACCAGGAGUGUUUUGUACUGCAGUAUGUUCUCUUUCUUUGGGUCUAUGGAUUAUUGGCCGUACUAUAAAUGGUAUACUUCUUAUAUAUACGAUAUGCAUGAGCAUUUUACUUGGACCUGCAUUGUUGUUGAAGUUACCUAGCAAAAUGGUAGUACAUAAAGAAUGGGAUAGUGAAAUUGAAGAAUUUUUACCAGCAGUAACUGAAGAUAAUCUUCAAGUUCUUACAAGAGCUGGAGAAUCAGGGGAUCAAUCCCCAACACCGACAAGCGUAUUAUCUGAUGCUCAAAAUGAGUUUCUUAUUGAUGAAGAUCUUUUGGGUCUUAAAAUGCCGUCACACGAAGAUGGAAGUACUGAUGGUGUGGAAGUUUCUGAAUUAGAGCUUAGUGCUGAAGAAACUGAUGUGGAUGGUAUUAAAUUUCAAAGUGGCCAUUUUGAGAAAGGAUCAUCUUCUGAGGAAGAAGCAGAACUUGAACCUCUAUCAAGUAAACUAGUUAGUCAUAGUGAUGAAAGUGGUAGCGAAUUUGAAAUAAUUGAUGGUCAAGAAAUUGAUAAUUUAGACAUUGCAUGAAAAUAACUGAUGUGUAAACUGUGAAGUUAUUAUUAUGCAGAAUAGAAUUGAAGUAAAGAGUUGAUUUCAAAAAAACAUUUUGAUUGGGUAAUUAAGUAAUUAUUUUAUGACAAUUUUAGAUAUUUGCUUAUUAACGAAUUUUUACGCAAAAUUGACAUAACAUUAAUUUGAAUAAAAUGAAUAAAAAUCAUGUAUUACUAAAAAAAUAAUAUAAAUUAUAUUUCUCUAAAUUUAUAUAGUUGAAGAUAUUUCGAGAUAUUUCAAGAAAUUUAAAAUUUAGAUAUUUGUUUUAUGUCGUGCAAAUGAUAGCUUCUCAGUAGUUACAUAUACUUAUAUUAAAGUAUAUUCAUAAAAUUGUACAUAUUAUGUGCAACAAAGAGAAUUAUCUCACUUACAAACGAUUCUUGAUGUAUAUAAGAGAUAUCAAUUAUCAAAAAACUUAGAGGGAAAAAGAUAAAAUUGAACAAAUAACGAUUGUCAAUUUAAAUGUCGCUUUGACCUUCAUGGCCAAAAAUGAUUUUGUAUAUAUGUAUCACACACAGAAAAUAAUUACCUGCGAAUUAUAAUUAAGAAAUUAGAAACUACAAUGUCCAUUAUGCAGCAGGUAGAAGAUAGAUAAAUAUUAUCAUAGUAAAUAUGUACUCUGUUUUUGAUAUUACCGAAAUUACAUGUAAAAAUAAUUAUACUUA